GCUGGAAGUUGGGAAGAUCCGAAUGUUCGACACAACACAUCUGACCUUGGCCCCAGGCCAACACAUCUCGUCGUAUUACUUUCACGUUACAGUUACUUCCGUGAAACCAUCCACACCGUAGCCGUACCCAAUGUACCGCGAUUAGCAUUUUGUAACAAGUUUUUGGGUGUUCGACCGUGUCCCCCAAAACACGGUGAGAGCGAUGACUAACUAGGCAUCGAUCGGCACCGGCAGCCGUUAAUUUAUCAACUCCGUUUAAUGCUGCUUGCUACGAUGGUGAUUCUGAAGCUGAAGAACCGGUUUCCCCUGCCAAUUGCCCUUUGGUUGGUGUUCGUUCCCCAGAGUGUCAAUUUGCUUGCCAUCUUUCGUUAUCACCCCGUGUACAUGUGCGUUCUUCCUGCGUGCGAUUGUGGACCCUUUUUUGUUGGCUGUUUUUGUUUGUUUGUUGGGGUUUUAAAAAAACCCCUGUUUCUGCGGGAAGAAAAGGGUUUCGCAUGAAAUUUGGCGUACCCUCUGAGGUGCUAUGGUGAUCUUAUGCUUUAGAUCCGGUUUCUGUGAUCGUGUGACAAUUGGUCAGCAUCUCUCACAGACCGUCCAAAUUCCCCACCAUUUGUUGAACGGUUCAAUCAGUCGUCCGCAUCCCAUUCUGGGUUUGGUUCGAACCGUCGCUUGCUCAGUUGCUGCUGGUACUCGUAGCUUGUCGCAGUGUCUGUGUUUUAGUGGAUCAUAGAAUACUGGACCACGUUAACGAUGAGCGUCACGGCACUGUCGGCAGGCCGGUUUAGUGUGUCUUUGCUGUGUGUGCUGUUCCUACUGGUGCCACCAUGUCUCGGGAAUUACUACUGCAGGCGGAGUCUGUGCCCCUCGGGUGAUGCACAUGUGGGCUGCUACUCGGAGGUACCGUUUGGCAAGAGCUGUCAGGGGAUGAAACCACAGCUCGUACCGAUGACCACAGAGCGGAAGAUGAUGAUCCUGCAGCAGCACAACCUCCAACGGCAGCGCCUAGCACUCGGAACACUGCCCGGUUUCGAACAGGCCUACCAUAUGCCGCAGCUGUACUGGGACGACGAGCUGCAGUACCUGGCUGAGCUAAAUGCACGAUCGUGCGUGUACGCACACGAUCACUGCCGCAACACGUACACCUUUCCGCGAGCCGGCCAGAACAUUGCCAUCAUCCGGCACUUUGGGCUAAACGUGACUAAGGAGGAUGUGUAUCGGUACAUCAUCGACCACUGGUUUAAUGAGUACCCGUUAGCGACAACCUUCGUCGACCAGUAUCCGACCGAUUACGUCGGUCCGGAGUUUGCACACUUCACGCAGAUUGUGAACGAUCGUGCAGUACAUAUGGCGUGUGGUAUGGUAACAUGGGAGUCGUACAACGGAUACGUAUGGACGAACGACUAUCUCGUCUGUAACUAUGGAUACUCGAACGUGAUCGGUGAUCGGUCGUACACGAAGGGACCGGUUGCGCAGGGCUGCACCACUGGCCGUAGCGUCGCCUAUCCCGGACUCUGCUUUUAGAAUAUCGAUCAGGCAUUCCCUCACCUGGUGGAUCCACUUCAUUCAACGGUGUGAUCACAAACAAACAUACUCACACACAGACAAUCGAAGAAUGAGAUGCUGAAGGUUGCCGGUCACGGUCCAGCAGGUUAACAUGCUAAUUUUGCAACUCGCAGCAUCCACCACGAUAUCUCCCAAAAGCAAACUUUUGGCAACGCGUGAAGCAUCACAUUUUCAUCAUGUGUGACUGCCAGUUGACAUACGCGCUCAUCUUCAACCACCGAUCAAUGAACGAGAACUUGUUUGUGUGUACGUGCGCGCGCGUGUGUGUGAGAGAGAGGGUGUGAAACUCCACGGCAGGAAAAGUGUUUAGAGUAGUCAUUAUGAAACAUUUGCUCGUGACGCGUAAAUAUGUGUCCACUCAUUCAUUCAUCAAAACACUGCCAAGAAAUCGGAUGUGUUCGUGCGUGAAAUGGCAUGUUUUCUACUAGAUUUAACCUUCUACAAUACAGGGCUAACUAAUACGUGCUGAUUGUUACCCGAAUGGGGAGAGUCUGUUUGUUAAAAAUAAAAACAACUUAAGCACCUUUUUCCAAUAUCUACGAGGUGAGCUGUUUAGCGAUAUGUGUUCGUUUGUUUGCAAAUUUAUAACGCUAAAAUAUGUUAAAAUCCGAUAUCUGUUUCAGCUGGGGUUGGGUUUUAGUGUUAUUCAUUACAUUUAAUUUUUUAGCUGCGUACGUAAAAGGAGUUUCCAUAUUAGCUUUACGUACGCAGUCAUUCAGUGUACAACUUUUCCCGAAAGCUUCAGUCUU